AUGUUCAUGCCACCCAUUAUUGAUGAGUACAUUGCAACAUCGCAAGUCAUUGAUGCUUUAUUUCCAUCGGAUGAUCUUGUUCAGGCAACAAGGAGAGUUUUAAAUCAAAUUUCUAUAGCUGAUGAUGAAAAGAAAUCCAUGAUGUUAUUUGAGCCUUGGCAAGUGCGAAUUAAUGAAAAAGACAAUGAAUUAUAUUUUUCAGAUGUUUCCGAAGGAUAUAUCUAUACAUUAGAUUUACUAACAAAAAAUGUAAAACAAAGAAUUUUACCAAUUGGAAAGCCAAGUUUAAAAAGAAUUUCCAAGCUGACUGGUUCCAUGUUGUUUAAAUUUGGAAGUUUUGGAGAUUCUAAGGGUUGCUUGUCCUCUCCAAAGGGAGUGGUGUACGACAAGAAACAAGCACAAUUCGUAGUUUCAGAUACUGGAAAUAAUCGUAUUCAAAUUUUUGACCGUUUUGGACAUUGUUUGAAGACUUUUAAGAGUCGAGAUGAUGACUCCAUGUAUAUGAAACCUCUUGGAAUUUGUAUCAGUUAUCAAUUACAAGAAUUAAUCGUUUGUGAAAUUGGAACUUUACGAAUUCAAAUAUUCAAAAAUUGGAAAAGGAGAUCUCAUGAAAUGCAACAAAAUCUCAUAUAUCACUUUGAUAAGUUUAAUGAUAUUUCGAUCAUCGUGUCAAAUGGUGAGACUGUUGAAAUUUCAAAUAAUUAA